AUGUCUUCAGUCCCGGGACUUCCUACGAAAGGAUCAGAAGUAAUCGUUCACAUAACCAGAGUCCACCUGCAUCCCCUUUGUGUGCUGGUGGAGUUCUGGGGGAAAUUCAGUCAGGAGAGGUUAGCAGAUUACGAGCGCCUGUUCAAAAGCAUCCAGUCACCAGGAGCUGCAUUUAAAGACUUGGAGGGAGAUCCUGGAGACCAGUGCUUGGUUCAGAUAGGUGGCACCUGGUACAGAGCUCGCGUAGUGUCAAGAAAUGCCUUAAAAUACGCCGUGUUCCUCAUUGACAAAGGGAUUAGAUACACCGCUACCACAAGAGAGUUGGCAUGGGGUAGGAGAGACCAUUUUCAGAUGCCUCCUGAAGUGGAGUUUUGUGUGCUGGCCAAUGUGUUAUCAGUCUUCCCUGACAAAAGAUGGUCCCCAAUAGCUCUUGAAUUUUUGAGAUCUCUUACUGGAAAAUCUGUGAUGGCACAUGUGCAAGAUGUGCUGAUGCAGAACAGAAUAUUUCUCCUGCACAUCCCCUCCAUAUCCGACCAAAUGUAUGAGAUGGGAUUAGCAAAGAAGGUGUCUCCUCUCGACUUUAAGGGCUGUGUCUUCAAGUCGCUCAAGUCCCACCCUGAAACUGACGGUUCUCCAGAGAUCAUGCCGUUCCCCGUGGAAACGUGUGAACCACGUGAACGACUGAACAAGAAGGAAGUGUUCCUGUACCCAGAGCUGUCAGAAGGAACCGCAGAGACCGUGAUCGUGACAGAGGUGACGAACCCACAGAGGAUUUUUUGCCAGUUGAAGGUCUUCUCGCGAGAACUGCAGAAGCUCACAGAGCAGAUCACACAGAACUGCGAGAGCAGGAUGUCGAGUUGCAUCAUAACCCCCGAAAUGAUUGGAUUUCCAUGUGCGGCAAGAGGAAGCAAUGGCAGCUGGUACCGCUCGGUCCUACAGCAGGUUUUCCCAACCAGUAAAGUGGUGGAAGUAUUGAAUGUUGACUAUGGGAUGAAGCAGGUAAUUCCUCUGGAGAACGUCCGGCCUCUGGCACCAGAGUUCUUCAGGCUGCCAGUCGUCACGUACAUCUGCUCCCUCCAUGGAGUCCUUGACAAAGGGGUCGGAUGGACGACCAGCCAGAUCGAGCUCCUCCGGUCCCUCCUGCUCUUCCAGACGGUGAUUGCCAAAUUUGAGUAUCAAAGCAUCUCCGAGGGAGUUUACUACAUCACACUCUACGGCGACGACAACACAAACAUAAACCACUUGUUUGGUUCCAAGGAUGGCUGUUUGCUGAAGCAGGAUAACGCGUACGUGGACUUUGCCCUCCGAAGCACCGCGUACAAUUGCCAGAUUCCAGGUGAAAAAGAAAGAAACAUGUUGACGUCCGGACAGUCUGAGGAAGAGAAAGGAAGGAAAAGUCUAGCCGAAGUGCCUCCCCAUGAAGAGCUCUUGGUGAAUUCCUCACACUUCUCAGUUGUUCAGCACGUAUCCAGCCCGUCAGAGUUUUGGAUUCACACUGAGAAGUACACAAAAGAAUUGGAUGACCUUCAGGAUAGUAUUAGCCAUCUAUACAAAGAUUCAGUGAACAUGCACGUGGUGAGAAAUCCAACUCCUGGGUUUUUCUGCGCUGCGAAGGCAGACGAUGACGAGUUCUACCGAGCAACUGUGACUGGAGUCCGAGAUGCACAAGUCAGCGUGUUCUUCGUUGAUUAUGGAAACACCGAAGUGGUUGACAGGGGCGACCUUCGGACCCUUCCUCCAGAACUCAGAAAGCUGCCCAAAGUGGCACUGAAAUGCAGCCUGGAAGGUGUCGCACCAAUAGAUGGGAGGUGGAGUCAAAGCGCGUCUGACUUUUUCAUCGACGCAGUCACAGAUAAAGAUCUGAAUGUACAAGUGAAGGCAAAAUAUAGCGACAGCUAUGUCGUCACACUUAUUGAUCCGCAAGCUCAGGGUGGGAAGGACGUCGGCACUCUGAUGUGUAGUUCUGGUUAUGCUGAAAAGGCUAAGAUGCAGAAACCUCCCAAACUCAAAACCCUCACGCAGGCUGCCACUACGUCUCCUCCAGAACAUGCUGCUGCUGCAAGACCCACAGAACAUAACAAAACGGAAACCUCUUUCAAAGCCAAAAGCAAAGUUGGUCUUUUCAGCAAUGAAAGUGGUGCUCCGACCUAUAAAGAGCAAAUGUUUCCUACUGGAAGUAUCCUGGAUGUCAACGUGUCCCACACCGAAGGCCCAAACGACUUCUGGUGCCAACUGGUACAAAACACCUGGCGCUUGAGAUUGCUCAUGCAGGACUUGCAGAGCUACUACACCGGCAGCGAGUUCCAGCCCCCAGUAGACACCGCUUGUGUAGCUCGACACCCUGACAGUGGAAUCUGGUACAGAGCCCUUGUCGUCUGCCAGCAUGAAACCCCUUACGUGGACGUGCUGUUUGUUGACUACGGGCAGACGGAGACGGUCUCCUUCUACGAUCUGAGGAAGAUCUCCCCAGAAUUCCUCAAUCUGCAUGGCCAAGCGUUCAGAUGCAGUCUGAUAAACGUUGUUGCCGCUACCAGCGACUGGGCCGAGGAAGCAAAGAUAAAGUUCCAAACCUUUGUGGACACUGCUACAACCAAGUCUGUGCUUCUGAAGUGCACCGUGUAUGCCGUCAUGUACAGCGAGAAGAAGAUCCUCUACAACGUCGUGGAUCUGGAGACUCCCUUCGAGAGUAUCUGCGCGAGUCUGGCCCGUCUCACCAUAAACGUACCGCCCGUGAAACGCGCUGUGUCGUCUUUCCGCCUGAACUCGUACUUCUACUCGACCCACAACGUCAAAACUGGGACGGAGGAACGAGUCACUGUGACGUGUGUGAACAACGUCGGCCUCUUCUACUGCCAUCUCGACAGGAAUGCUGACGCGAUGAAAGAUCUGAACAUGAAGGUAAACAGUCUUUGUCACCAGCUUGAGAAGGUCAAGCUUCCAAAAGCCCUUGCAACUUUGUGCUUUGCGAGAUAUACUGACGGGAAGUGGUACAGGGCUCAGAUCAAGUCCGUCCAGCCGGCAAUACUGGUCCACUUCGUAGAUUAUGGGGACACCAUCAAGGUGGACCAAUCGGACUUGCUCCCAAUUCCCAAAGAAGCGAAUGAAAUCAUGUCGGCACCCGUACAAGCUGUGGUGUGUGCCCUCUCAGACAUCCCAGCCGACGUUCACAGCGAGGUGAACAGCUGGUUUGAGAGGGCGGUGAAAGACUGCGAGUUCAGAGCGCUCAUCGUGGCCAGAGAGCCUGCUGGGAAAUUACUGGUUGAGCUUUACCAUGGAAGUACGCAGAUCAACGCAAAAAUCAAGAAAACGUUCCAGCUUGAGAUGCAAGUAAAAGAGCAGGUUGUUCUCGAGAGCCCGAGAGCUCUCGAGACUUCAGAAAAUCUUAUGCAAAAAACACAGAGGAACUUCCCCAAACCAGAUGAUAAAGACCACAAACUAGCCCCGAAGAAGAAUACGUCCGCCUCCGAACCCUGGGCGGAGAAGAGAUCCACUAAUGUGACUCGACAUUCUGCUCAGAAGCACAAACACAACACUGAAAACAGCCAUAAGACCAGACAUCCUCCUCUGGAGACGUAUGUACCUCCACAUCAAAGAACCGGGCCAAAUGCUGGUUCAGGUGAUGCUCAAGUGAAACCGGCUAAAGAGAACCUCCACCCUAAAACCAAGCACCCAACAUCAUACCCGUCUCGGCCAGAAUCCAAAAGGGAAAACGUUGCUGAGAAACUCCCUAAACUCACAGACCUGCUUUCGAAGCACAUCGCUCCCGACAUGGAAGUGGAAGUUUACGUCUCACAUUGCAACAGCCCGCUAAGUUUCUAUGUGCAGCGCGUCGAUGAGGAGGAUGACUUGUUCUCUCUGGUGGAAAAGCUCAAUGAUCCACAAUCGACUUUGAAUCUGAAAGCCGUUGACAUCCAAGACCUGCAUCCAGGGGACCUGAUUCAAGCAGAGUUCACGGAGGAUUCCUCGUGGUACCGAGCAGUCGUAGACGAGAUCCACGGCAGUGAAAGGGCUCUCGUUGAAUUUAUCGAUUUUGGAAAUAAAGCGAUGGCACCGGUUUCCAAACUGAGCAGACUCCAGGAGUCUCUGGUCCAGUUGCCCGUCUACAGCACACACUGCAUGCUGAGAGAUGCUGCGGCCCGCGGGGAGGAGGAAGUGCUCGAUCCGGGGGUGCUGUCGGCGUUCAUGGAGGACAUCGGGAGCAGUGGAGAAAAGGUGCUCACAUGCAAAUUCAUCAAGCAGGUGGGAUCUAUGUGGGAGGUGGAGCUUGGAGACGGCGAAGUCGGUGUGGUUUGUAAGGUUCCUCCUGGAGGUCCUGAAGUCAUCUCGGAGAAAGACGUGGAGGAGGAGCCCGGCCAGGUUUUUGGUAUCAGGCAAGAGGCAGGAAACGCAGAGGAGACACCAGUGAAGCCGGGUUCUGUACGUUGCCACCCGCAAAAGAACUUCUCAGAGGGACAGCAGCUUGAGGUCUACAUCACAAACAUUAACGAUGCUCAGACCUUCUGGUGUCAGUCUGCCAGUUCAGCUGAACUUGAUAAGAUAACAUAUAGUGUUUCAGAAAUAGGAGGAGAAGCAGAUGGCAAUCACAUCGAUCCGGAUGAUCUCUUGCCCGGGAGAAGCUGCGUCGCCCUCUUCUCUGACGACCAGCUGUGGUAUCGUGCAGUGGUCAUCUGCAGGGACGGAAAAAAUGUGUCGGUUCUGUUCGUGGACUACGGAAACGAGUCCCACGUCAGCAUCGGGGACGUGAGAGAAAUGCCCCCUCUCCUGGCGGACAUUGCCCCGCAGGCGUUUCUGUGCAAGCUCGAGGGCUUUGAUGCCUCGUGUGGAUCCUGGGAUGACGGUGCCACAGAUCAGCUGUGCUCGCUCACAUUGGACAAGCUGUUGCAGCUCACUGUCACAAGACUAGCAAGAACUGAGGAGACGCUUGUCUGUUUUGUGCAGUUGGAGCACGAAGGCCAGGUGAUAAACGAGGCAAUGAAAGCCUGGUGGAGGAGCUUCACCAGAGAGGACGUGACCGACUCGGCUUCAGCUGAACCUACGCUGCAGCCUGACACAACCGCAGAAGAAGAACCUCAGCAGGAGCAUCCUCAUAUGGACGCUGAGAUCUACAUCAUGGAGAAGCUCUCCAAUCCACUCGCAGCCGGUGACGCCUCAACGUUGGCAAGUAAUCCAAAGAGCGAGUUCUCUGUAGUCCAUGUUGCCAUCGAGUCCACAAAGGAGGAGCCUGUUUCCGUAGAGGACACGUCUAAAACCCCCGCCAGUGUGAGGACUGAAGGUGAUGAUGGUGACAUCGAUCAGACCGAAGGAGACACGUUGUACUUGGUCUGUACUGUGAUGGAGGACACUGGCGAAGGCGCCAAGAGGAGCACCUCAUCAGAGGACUUGGACCCUCCGCUGGAAGAAAAGGUUGUAGAAGCGGUGGAUGAACUGGACCCUGAAGCUGCUGACCGAGAGGAAGCCAACACCUCGGCCUGUGAGGUCCCGGAAUAUCCAGAUCCAUCUGGAGAAGAAGCUAACACAGAAGUUCCUGUUGCUCGGAGCUCCUCCACAACUGCAGUGAAAAUGGUUCCUAGAAGUGUUCCUGCACAGGAGACGACAGAUGCAGCAGCUGACGUCUCAAAUCAGGACAGCGAGGGUGGAGAGCCGAGCUGUUGUGUUGCCGAGACCCUUUCAACAGGUGACGCAGAAGCAGAUGUAGAAGAGGGAGGUGUGGAUGGAGGAGCGACCGAUGGAGGAGCAGCGACUGCAGAGGAAGAGACGGCUUCUGUCCCGAUGUUGCUCCAGAUGUUACAGAGGACCCAUGUGAAGCAGAUGUUGCUCCAGAUGUUACAGAGGACCCAUGUGAAGCAGAUGUUGCUCCAGAUGUUACAAAGGACCCAUGUGAAGCAGAUGUUUGUCCAGAUGUCACAGAGGAUCUACGUGAAGCAGAUGUUUGUCCAGAUGUUACAGAGGAUCCAUGUGAAGCAGAUGUUUGUCCAGAUGUUACAGAGGAUCUACGUGAAGCAGAUGUUUGUCCAGAUGUUACAGAGGAUCCAUGUGAAGCAGAUGUUGGUCCAGAUGUUACAAAGGACCCAUGUGAAGCAGAUGUUGGUCCAGAUGUUACAGAGGAUCUACGUGAAGCAGAUGUUUGUCCAGAUGUUACAGAGGAACCAUGUGAAGCAGAUGUUGGUCCAGAUGUUACAACGGACCCAUGUGAAGCAGAUGUUGGUCCAGAUGUUACAAAGGACCCAUGUGAAGCAGAUGUUGGUCCAGAUGUUACAAAGGAUCCAUGUGAGGCAGAUGUUGGUCCAGAUGUUACAGAGGAUCCAUGUGAAGCAGAUGUUGGUCCAGAUGUUACAGAGGAUCCAUGUGAAGCAGAUGUUGGUCCAGAUGUUACAGAGGACCCAGGUGAAGCAGAUGUUGGUCCAGAUGUUACAGAGGACCCAUGUGAAGCAGAUGUUUGUCCAGAUGUUACAGAGGAUCCAUGUGAAGCAGAUGUUGGUCCAGAUGUUACAGAGGACCCAUGUGAAGCAGAUGUUGGUCCAGAUGUUACAGAGGACCCAUGUGAAGCAGAUGUUGGUCCAGAUGUUACAGAGGACCCAUGUGAAGCAGAUGUUGGUCCAGAUGUUACAGAGGAUCCAUGUGAAGCAGAUGUUGGUCCAGAUGUUACAGAGGAUCUACGUGAAGCAGAUGUUUGUCCAGAUGUUACAGAGGAUCCAUGUGAAGCAGAUGUUUGUCCAGAUGUUACAAAGGAUCCGUGUGAAGCAGAUGUUUGUCCAGAUGUUACAAAGGACCCAUGUGAAGCAGAUGUUGGUCCAGAUGUUACAGAGGAUCCGUGUGAAGCAGAUGUUGGUCCAGAUGUUACAGAGGAUCUAUGUGAAGCAGAUGUUGGUCCAGAUGUUACAAAGGACCCAUGUGAAGCAGAUGUUGGUCCAGAUGUUACAGAGGAUCUACGUGAAGCAGAUGUUGGUCCAGAUGUUACAGAGGAUCUAUGUGAAGCAGAUGUUGGUCCAGAUGUUACAGAGGAUCUACGUGAAGCAGAUGUUGGUCCAGAUGUUACAGAGGAUCUAUGUAAAGCAGAUGUUGGUCCAGAUGUUACCGAGGAUCUAUGUAAAGCAGAUGUUGGUCCAGAUGUUACAGAGGAUCUAUGUGAAGCAGAUGUUGGUCCAGAUGUUACAGAGGAUCCGUGUGAGGCGUUGGCUGAGGACGCAGAUGAGCUUUGUCUUCACAGAAACCCUCUCAGGAGCUGCAGUGGGAGCUGGAGAAGUUCCCCAGGCGGGCGACGUGCCAUCUGCUUUCAUUCCUGACAAGCACAACCUGACAGCCGGAGACAACGCCUCCUCCCUUCACGAAGAGCCACGUUCUGUUCUGUCGGCUGAUAUGGAGCCACACUGCAGCAUCGAUAUGGCCGCUUUGUUGGAAAAACUCAAGUGUCUUGUUAUCGAGACGUGUCCAGCAGAGACUCUCCAAGCGCAGAAACUUCUGCCUGUGGACUCGGAGGAGCUCGUAGAAGCAGAGGACGGACCGGACGCUGAAGCCCCUGAAGCCUCUGAAGCCUCUGAGGCCCCUGAAGCCCCCGAAGCCUCUGAAGCCUCUGAGGCCCCUGAAGCCUCUGAGGCCCCUGAAGCCUCUGAGGCCCCUGAAGCCCCCGAAGCCUCUGAAGCCUCUGAGGCCCCUGAAGCCUCUGAGGCCCCUGAAGCCUCUGAGGCCCCUGAAGCCUCUGAGGCCCCUGAAGCCCCCGAAGCCUCUGAAGCCUCUGAGGCCCCUGAAACCACGGAGCCAGAGGAAGCCAACACCUCUGACGGUGAGGUCACAGAAUCUUCACAAAUAUUAUAUCGUAUAAAGUAG